UUUUCAAAAUGGUAUUUAUAACCGAAGACCUCAUCAGAAAGCGGGCCGAACACAACGAAAUGAUGCUCUCCACAUUAGAAGAAGUAUCUCUCCAUCAGCAAGAAAUCGAGAAAAUCGAGCACAUCGACAAAUGGUGCAAGGAGCUCAAAAUAUUAUACUUGCAAAGCAACUUGAUACCCAAAAUUGAAAAUUUAUCACACCUGAAAAAAUUAGAGUAUGUCAAUUUAGCUUUGAAUAAUAUUGAAGAGAUUGAAGGUCUAGAAAAAUGCGAGUGUUUAAAAAAGUUGGAUUUGACUGUUAACUUUGUGGGUAAAAUAAGUUCGGUCAAAACUUUGAAAGACAAUAUCUUUUUGGAAGAGCUAUACCUUGUAGGAAACCCGUGCGCUCAGUUUGAAGGUUAUCGAGACUACGUUGCUGCCUGUUUGCCUCAGUUAAAGACUCUAGAUGGAACGACUAUUGAAACAUCUGAACGAAUAAAAGCGCAGCAGAAUUUCAGGUUCAUUGAAAACAAAAUUAUCGAGCAAGAAAAUGCGUAUUUGGUCCAGCGAGAAAUCGAGCGUGAAGAAGGUCUGAACGAAUUAGAAAGUGCAAAAAUUGAAGAAGUUACAGACGAAGAGUUUUGGAGCAAGCCAAGUAAGCACACACCCGAAGCUAGAUACGAAAUUCAGAAAAAGAUUGAAAAACAAAAUGAAGAGAAAAGUGGCAACAAAAACAGAUUGGAAGAACUGAAAAAGAAAGCGCCAAGACGAACAUUUGACGAGAGAGGGAAACCAUUGAAUAUUAACGAGGCCAAAAUUGACUUCCAUUUCGAAGAGGACGACGAGGAACAAUGUUACAGAUUGGAGUUGCCAGUUUACAAACACAUGGACACUUCACUGUUGGACUGUGACGUACAGCCCAGCUACGUGCGUGUGACCUUGAAAGGAAAGAUAUUCCAGCUGACCCUGUCCAAAGAGGUCAACUGUGACUCAAGUGUGGCUAAGAGGUCGCAAAUUACUGGCAGUCUCCAAAUCACGAUGCCAUUUGCAAAACAGAUCAUCAAAACAUCCCCGAACUCACAGAAACCCAAAGACACGACUGCAAUCAAAACUGCCCACAAAAGUGCAGAAAAGGGUGAAAAUGACUCAAAAUUAUCGGAAAACGAGAAAAACAAGACUGAAUUUUUAGAAGUUGACAGUAGCAGUGGAAAACUUGUCGAUUUGAAUGUAGUCGGCAAGCCUGAGAAGGGACAGGCGACAAAGCGAAACGCACCCUACAAGCCGAAAAGCUACUUUGCCGAUGUGAGCUGCUCUCAAAAAGUGAAAAAUUUGAUAGAAGUACCUGAUGAUUUACCGCCAUUGGACGAUUUUGGGUUCUAAAAGAACAUUUUAGGCUGCUUUUCAUUUCAUUUUUAGAUUUAAUUGUUCUGAAAAUGUCAACUGUACACAUGUUGAAAUUUUAAAAUUCAUUAUAGAAAUUGUAAAUUUGUAGAUAGCUUUUAUCAAAUACAAAUUG